AUGCCGGCCAUGUCCUCAGGAAAAUCGAAGAGACCGACAAAGGUCGUCAAAGGCGGCACUGAAUCGUCACGCCGCCAUCAUUUUGAAUCCUUUUCGCAGCGUAUUGCGAAACUCAACAUUGAUCCUAUUCGAAGAGUCCGUCGCCAUGAUCUUGACGAAGAAAGCUUGUCGACAACUGCGUCGUACUUUCGACAGUCGUUGGACGAAUGGAACGAUCUCAAUUUGUCCGAGGACUAUACGACCUUUGCAGCGCGAGUGAUGCCGCUCUGCGAGAGCUUGCCGCAAAUAAUAUACUAUCAGGAGCAGAUAAUGGACCUUCUGGAGGAGUAUAUCAGGCAUCAUGAAGAACUAUCGCUCGAAUCGCUGUUGAGUCUCCUGGCGCACUUUGCGCAUGAUCUCGGUGCAAGAUUCGAAAAAUAUUUUGCUCGAGCCGUCUCGGCCGUAUCAGGAGUCGCCGCAAAACACCCCAAGGUUGAAGUUAUUGAAUGGAGCUUUACCUGCCUGGCAUGGCUGUUCAAGUACCUCUCCCGACUCUUAGUACCGGACCUUCGGCCCUUGUACGACUUGAUGGCUCCUUUGCUUGGAAAAGAGCAUCAGAAGCCAUUCGUCACUCGGUUCGCCGCAGAAGCAAUGAGUUUCCUAGUAAAGAGGGCUGGCGCUGGUCAUCACAAAGAUAAGCAAGCCCUUCCGCGCUUGGUGAAGCAUGCAUUCGCAGACUUAGAGACGACAUCGGAGAGCAAGGACGUAGAGCUCUAUCUCGAGGGCUUAAUGAACCUUUUCGCCGACGCGAUUAAGGGCAUAAAACGCGGACUACACUCUGGCGUGGAACCGAUACUGCAGACCCUGCUUGAUGGCUUAGUUGAAAAUGAUUCCGUGCAAAAGGAUAACUCGCAGAAGCUGGUCUUCGGCGUUUUGGUCAACGUUAUUCACCACGCAGAGGCUGCUACAUUCGAACCAGUACUUAGGGUCGUCGUCACCUUUGCGACGAAUUUAGCAGAGACUCCAUCGGAUUAUAACUUGCAGCUCGCUGCGCGGUUGAUCACCAUCAUCAUUGGCGGGCGCAAGGGUUCAAGGGUUGAGAACUGGGGUGAUGUGGUCCUGACCAUGUCAAAGGUCCUGACCGCCGCAAAUACUCCCGGCAGCUCUCUUACUGAAACCACAAUCAACCGAAUUUUCUUUGCUUUGGCUCUGACCAUGCAGUCUGCUCCUGUAGAUGUGGUCCUCCCCCAUAUUCGCUCGACUAUGGCAGUUUCCACAAACGGUCAUUUCAAAGCUCAUUUCUUAUCCUUUUGCAAUGUCUUUGCGGAUCUUGGCAGCGAUAGGUUUCAAACAAUUGUACUGCCAUACUUUCAGAAGUUCAUCGUCGCCGAGUGGAAGUCCUUCGAGCAGCAGAUUUGCUUUCUGGUACCAAAACUUGCAGAGGCUGGAUGCUUAAAGAGAGCAGGCACGAACACUGAUCUUCUCAACUGCUCUGGACCUUGGCAGAAGAGAAUCGUUGGGCUUUUCAAAGGCCUUGUUUCUGCGAACGGCACAGCCAUCGAAACUGAUUCGGUCCUACUCUACGCCUAUCUCGACGCCAUUCCAUCUUUAGCUCUGGAUCAGUCGGCAAAGGAUCAAGUAACAACAUACCUACAUGACUUGCUCCGUCUUGCCAUCCAGCCUACAGUUUCAAUAAGCGAACGAGCGCGCCUCUUCGCUGUAAGCAAAGGCUUUUCGCGCUAUGUAAGCAGUUGCGGAAAGGAACAUCCCUUAGACAUUUCUCUUUGGAAUGGCCUGUGUGCCUCUGCAAGCCAAUAUGCGCCACAACCCUCAUUUCUUCAAGCACUUUACGACUAUAUUACGCCUCUGUACAAGAAGUUGGAUGUCUCCCCAGAAGUGAUUCAACCUCUUGUGUCAGCCGUCACAGCAAACCUUGAGAGUGACUCUCAUGUUCUAAGGUCUAUUUCCCUGAGAAUUUUGGACACGCUCUACACUCUAGUCCAUCAGGAGCAGUGCGCUGCACUCACGACUGCUCUGAUAGUGGAGGAUACUGAGCUGAGCUUGCAAAGCGCGCGGUCUAUCUCAAUGCACAUGCGGAAAUUGGGCUCCAGCUACGCCCAAGCAAGCUCUGAUCCUUGGGUCAAAGAGGCAAUACCAAGCCUCUGCUUUGGUCUUCUCACUGUCAAGUUCACGCCGCUAUGGGAAGACUCGAGCAACGCUCUCAAAGAAAUCUGCGAAUCAAAGGAUGGAGAAGCCACAGUUUCAGCGUUGGCGUUCAAAUGGCUGGAGAGGUCCCCGUUGCCCAGCGAAGAAGUUUUAUCCCCUGGAGCGGCAGAGAGUCGCAAAUAUGGUUUAACUGCCUUUGAGGAUUCGAAUUUGGAGCGGCUGUUCACCUUGGAAGCGGAAGAUGAGCAAGAACUUUCGCAAGUCGAGCAACGACUGGAAGCUAGUCUCACAGAGGACACAAGGCAGCUUGCGCUCCUAACCCCGAUCGCACGACGGCAAGCUAUUAGGGUGCUUAGCAAGAUACCCCAAGUUGCCGAGAGGAGAUCCCGGGAACUGGUGCCAAUACUCCUCCGAUGGAGCCUUCACCAUGAUGAAGAUAACUUGCAAGAAGCCCAGGAAGAGAAUGGCGACCAGAUUGACAAGGAAUCUACAUCAUCAGCGAGUAAAUGGUCUCGACGGGAUUUGAAGGCACUACUCAAUCUCUUCACUCAAUUCGUCAACCCCAAGGUCUUUUACAAGUCUGCAGAUGUGUACACCGGCUUGUUGGCACUGUUGACAAAUGGUGAUGCGGAGAUUCAAAAAUCUGCCCUCAAGGCUAUAUAUACCUGGAAAUCUCCUAGCUUGCGACCGUAUGAGGAGAACCUGUUCAACAUUCUUGAUGAUGCAAGGUUUCGCGAAGAGAUUUCGAUUUUCGUUAGAGGCACUGCUGAUGCCGCCACAAUGCGGGAGGAACAUAAGCCAGAAUUGAUGCCAGUCUUAUUGCGUCUUCUCUACGGUAGACUCGUCGUAAGAAAGGGAUCGGGAAGCGGUAGUCAGGAAGCAAGAAGAAAGGCCGUCCUAGAAUCGUUGGCUCAAUUCAGCGAGUCUGAUUUUGAGGAGUUCAUCAACAUUGCACUUGGCGCUCUCGGCUCUGUAAAGAUUGUCGAAAAUGGAAAGAUUAACCCAGAGCUUCUGCGCAAAGAAUUGCUCGACACGCGAAAGCAUCUUGGUCUUAUGAAUAUGAUUCAGACCAUGCUCAGCGUGGUUGGAACGCAGCUCGAGCCUCUUGCUGGUCGUUUUGUUGACCCUGUGCUUUACUGUCUUAUCCGAGCAUCAAGAAAGCUUUCAGCCGAUUCUGAGGAGCAGGAUGAGGAAACCGGGCAAUCUAUGCAGGUAUCCUUACAAAAGUCUGUUCGCCAGGUCGGAUACCGCUGCCUAAACCAACUCUUCUCUAUCGCUCCUGGCCUUGCAUGGGACAACUACAUGCCAACUAUUUUUGAGGAAAUAAUCAAUCCGCGACUGGAUCAGCUUCCGGUGCAGACGGCUCAGUCCGUCUCCGCUCCUCUUCAGAUUUUCUCGACCUGGUCCUCGUCACGAAAGUUGGUCAUCUUCCUCACGAAAUACAACAGCGCAGUUCUGCCCAAGGUGGCCGACUGCCUGAAAGUUGUUUCCGCAAAAGAGAAUGUCAAAGUCUUCGUUCUCAAUAACAUCGUCAAGCGAAUCAUCCAACUCACAGAGGAGCAGGACGUCGAACCAAGUGAGAUCGGAAAUGAGGAUAUAAUCUCACAGGUUAUCCAGCCGAGUGUUGAUCACUUCCUUGUGCCUAUUGGAGAAAUUCUGCGAAAGAGUCCCGGAAGAGAACUGCUUGAAGCUGGUGUUAAUACUGUGUCGAAGAUUGGACCAAUAGUCUCCGGCUCAUCUGAGACUAGGAAUCUGGUGGAUAUUUCCACUUUCCUCCUAGACCAACCAUCGAAUCGUGUCAGUCCAAAGACGAAGAGCGACCUGCUGCGGACCCUGAAGCAUUUCCUUCCCUUGAACGAUAUUCAAUCCGAUUUCCAGCUGCGCGACAAGGCAUUCCGGACUGUCUCAUCUUUGUUCGGGUUCUUCAGGGAUCGCGUUAGUCGAACCCUCCUUUCAGAGGUUAUGUCUGUUUUUGCCGACAAAGACUCUUCCCUUUCUCAAGUGGCAUCUCUUUGUUCAGAUCUUAACGCUUUUGCGAUGAAUCGUCUGGAUGAACCUGACUUCAACCGCCGUCUUCAAGCGUUCAAUCUUAUCAACGAGGAGGGUUACAAGAACUUUACAUUGACCCAAUGGCUACCAAUCCUCUACAAUAUGCUGUUCUAUGUCAAGGACAUUGAGGAGCUUGCGAUUCGCACAAACGCGUCGCUAACAAUCAGACGAUUUGUUGAAAGUACUGCUAUUGACACUCAAGCGGGUGGGUCGUCAUUUACGGAGCUUCUUGCGUCGGUGCUGUUGUCGGCCUUGAGAAGUGGGGUCCGUGAUGCAUCUGAAUCGGUCAGGUCAGAAUAUUUAGCUAUUACGGCGCAUAUUGUCAAGAACUUGCCCAAUCUUGCGGAGGUCAAAGACAUGGAAAUACUCUUGGUUGGCGAUGAUGAGGAAGCAUCGUUCUUCAACAACAUUCUUCAUAUCCAACAGCAUAGACGAUUGCGAGCGCUCCGAAGAUUAGCAGCCGAGUCCCAACUAGGCCACCUCCGGAGCUCAAAUAUCAGCCACUUCUUCAUCCCGUUGAUUGAGCAUUACAUUUUCAAUCAAGCAGACGACAGCAAUGCGCACAGCUUAGCUGCUGAGACGGUCACGACUAUUGGUAUUCUUGCAGAAGGCCUUGACUGGAAUCAGUUCAGGGCUGUUUUCCGAAGGUACACUAGCUAUAUACAUAGCAAGGCCAACAUGGAAAAGACGGUGAUUCGAUUAUUAGGUGUAGUAAUCGACGCACUAGGUCGGGCUGCGAAGAUUGAGGAGCCUGAUCAAGGCAAGGAGCAGGCCUCUGAACCUCUGGAAGAUGGAUCGGCAGAUACCAUGGCAAUCGAUUCCGCACCCCAGACAAGCGCAUUGGCUGUUUCUCUGCCAAGUAGAGAGAAGCUGGCUGCCGAUUUGAAUAACAACCUGCUGCCUCCUCUCACUGGAUACCUUCACAACAAGGACGAGUCUACCGUCAGCCUCCGUGUACCGGUGGCCGUAUCCAUUGUUAAGCUUAUCAAAAUUCUUCCAAAAGAACAGCUUUCAGAAAAGUUGCCUCCUGUCCUGACGGAUGUUUGCAACAUUCUCCGCAGCAAAGCACAGGAGUCACGGGACAUGACACGAAAGACUCUCGCUGAGAUCUCUACGCUUAUUGGACCGUCAUGUUUUGGCUUCAUUCUGCAAGAACUCAGGGGUGCGCUCAAAUUUGGAUACCAGCUUCAUGUGAUGUCCUUUACGGUACACUCGAUCCUGGUAGCCACUGCGCCAAUCUAUAAGCCGGGAGAUCUUGACUAUUGUCUUUCAGAAAUCGUUGCCGUCAUCCUGGAUGACAUCUUUGGCGUCACUGGGCAAGAAAAGGAUGCAGAAGAAUAUAUCAGCAAGAUGAAGGAGGUCAAGAGCAGCAAGAGUUUCGAUUCGAUGGAACUGGUCGCAAAGACUACAAAGGUUACGCAUCUUCCUCUCCUGAUACGACCAAUUCAACAAUUACUGCGGGAAAAGUUGAACCUCAAUAUGGUGAAGAAGGUUGACGAAUUGCUGCGAAGAAUCGGUGUUGGCAUUAUGCGCAAUGAGGAUGUUAGAAGUCGAGAAAUUUUGGUUUUCGGCUGGGAAGUGAUCCAAGAAGCACACAAAGCUGCGAACCCUAGCUCGAACAACGAGCCCCAGGUCAGUGAGCAGGCCAGGCGAUAUCUUGUCAACCUGAGGAUGGCAAGUAAGUCACAGAAUCGCGGCAGCACCACUUCGUAUGCGUACAAACUUGCGCGAUUCGCCAUGGAAGUUUUGCGAUCAGUGCUGCACAAGCACAACACGUUGCAAACGCCAUCAAAUUUGGCUGGUUUCAUACCCAUCAUUGGCGACUCCAUGCUCCAAGCGCAAGAAGAAGUACAAAUGGCUGCCAUUCGACUCUUGACUACAAUUAUUAAGGUCCCGCUGGCGGAAAUCGACCGAAACGCGCCUGUAUAUAUCUCUGAGGCUGUCAAGAUCAUCAAGGCCAGCCCGUCGACCAAUACGGAAAUCGCUCAGGCCGCGCUGAAGUUGAUUUCUGCAAUCCUUCGCGAGCGACGGAGUAUCAAGUUCAGAGACAUUGAUAUUGCCUAUCUUCUUGGCCGAGUCAAGCCUGACUUGGAUGAGCCAGACCGGCAGGGUGUGACUUUCAACUUCCUCAAGUCAGUCAUGGCGCGAAAGAUUAUCAUUCCUGAGGUCUACGAUGUGGUUGACACCAUUGCUGCCAUUCUGGUCACCAACCAAACACGAGUGUCGCGCGAUCUCUCACGAGGAGUGUACUUUCAGUUCAUCAUGGAAUACCCUCAAGCCAAGGAUCGUUUGAGCAAGCAGCUGGCCUUUCUGGUCAAGAACUUGGACUACAAAUACGAGGAAGGAAGACAGUCCGUCUUGGAAACGGUUCACCUGCUGGUCUCCAAGGUCGGCGAUUCCCUCAUCCAAGAAAUCCUCGGCACGUUUUUCGUUCCUCUUGUGAUGAUGUUAAUCAAUGACACUUCCGCUUCUUGCCGCGAGAUGGCCGCCGUGGUUCUCAAAGAAAUCUUUGAACGAGCCGACAACGAAAAGACACAACUCUUCCUGAACCUCCUCCGAACAUGGCUGAAGCAGAGCGAUCAAGCACUACUCAACCGAGUUGCGUUGCAAUGCUACUCUCUUUACCUCGAAGUCAACGGCACCAAGGGCGAAAACGAAGUGUCUCUGCUCCAGGCUCGCAUUUAUGAGAUUCUCGAAGCCAACAACCACUCCCAAACCGAGGAUUUCAACUGGGAACUCAUCUACUUUUCCCUUCAGGCCUUCUCCAAGGUCUGCCAGCUUUUCCCGCAACGCGCAUUCAGCGCCAAAGCCGGCCCCGUCUGGGGAGCCGUCCGCGCCUGCCUCUCCUUCCCACACGCCUGGAUCAAAUUGUCAGCGGCCAAGCUGGUUGGACUCUACUUUGCCGACUUUGCACGCACCAACGCCGAGCGUGGUCUGCAGCACGUUCCCCUAGCUGGCUCUGGCGGUCUACAACUCACAGACGAGGACAUGGUCCAAUUGACCCGCUCUAGCGUCGGCACGCUCAAAUUCCCCGGCGUCAGCCAAGAACUCGCCAUGCAAGCCGUCAAGAACCUCGUCUUCCUCAGCCGCUGCUUUGGCGCCAACAAUCUCGAACUUUUGGAAGGCGAAGACGAAGCUGAUGUCGAUGCCGAAGACGCAAUUGAAGAAGAAACGGACGCCCAGCCUCGUUCUCCAACACCCCAGACAAAGCUCGCACUGCAAUUCCUCUUCGAGCGCCUCUCCGCCAUCCUCCGCCGCGAAACACUAACCACGCGCGCCCCCUCGCUCGUUCCCAAGACCGCAAGCAUCCAGCUCAUCGCCGCGCUCUGCAACAACUUGCCCACCGAAGCGCUCACGCCGUGUCUGCGAACCAUCUUGACCCCGCUGCACCACCUGACCGACCCGUCGAUCCCCGCGCCCCAUUCGACAGACCCUGACUUCAACGAGGCGUAUAAAUCUAUCACCUCGACCGCGCAGGAAAUCAUGAGUCUGUUGCAGAAGCGGCUCGGGACCUCCCAGUUCGUCGCAGAGCUGAGUGUCGUGCGUGACGCGGUCAAGCAGCGCAGAGAAGGACGCAGGAUUAAGCGCCGCAUUGAGGCGGUCAUGGAGCCGGAGAAGGUCGGAAAGGAUAAGAGAAGGAAGUUCGAGAGAAAGAAGGUCAAGCAGAAGGAAAGAGGAGCAGAGCAGAGAGGUCGUCGGCGGGGAUGGUAA